AUGUAUCCACUGGACGUUGUCAAGACGCGAAUGCAGCUCGACACGGGCUCAAAGUCGCUCGGGUUGGUCGGUAGCUUCAAGACGAUCAUCGCACAAGAAGGUGCUGGACGUUUAUACCGCGGUCUCGGCCCACCGCUCCUUUUGGAAGCGCCAAAGCGUGCUGUGAAAUUUGCGGCAAACGACUUUUGGACCAAGACAUAUAAAGAUCUCUUUGGCAGGAAAGAGAUGAAUCAGAGUCUUUCUAUCCUCACUGGAUGCUCGGCUGGUGCGACCGAGAGCUUUGUCGUAGUCCCUUUUGAGUUGGUCAAGAUCAGACUACAAGACAAGAAGAGCACGUAUGCUGGCCCUAUGGACGUCGUGCGAACGAUCAUUCGCACGGACGGUAUGUUGGGUCUCUACGCGGGAAUGGAGUCAACCUUUUGGCGACACGUCUGGUGGAACGGUGGAUUCUUCGGCUCUAUCUACCAAGUCCGAUCAUUGCUCCCCAAAGCUGAGACACCACAAGCCCAACUCAUGAACAAUUUCAUCUCCGGCACCAUUGGCGGCUUCGUCGGUACAGCCAUUAACACUCCAUUCGAUGUCGUCAAGUCGCGUAUUCAAGGCGCAUCCAAGCCACCACCGGGGCAACUGCCAAAGUACAACUGGACAUACCCAGCGCUCGUAACGAUUGCUCGCGAAGAAGGCGUCGCGGCCCUCUGGAAAGGAUUCGUUCCAAAGGUUCUCCGUCUAGCACCAGGAGGUGGUGUCUUGCUCCUGGUCGUCGAGUUUACGCUUGGCACCUUUAGGAAGAUGUUGGGCCCUCCAUAUAUCUAA